UAAGCCAUGUUCUUUUGUAAUUCAAACUGAGCCCCGAUCGACCCCCUAUGUGUUGCCGACUAAAGUUACGUAAUAGAAGUUGUACAAAAUAGAAAAACGGACUGGUCAAUAACCUUCACACCCAUAAGCAUUAAAUUCAUUUGGAACUUCACGACCGUCUAUACAAGACUUCCUUCACAGAGAAACGAAGCUAAAAUGGCCGCCUCAUAUUACUUGAUUGGGAUUCUUGUUCUGGCAGUGAUUGUCAGCGGGCAAGAAGUUGGAUCUGUGGCCGAGGGUAAUUUUCUUUGCCCCUAUUGUGAGAAGGCCGUCGAGGAGUUGAAGCAGUACGCGACAAGCAAUGCAACAUUGGCCCAGGUGGAGAAAUUUGCCGUGUUUAAUUGCGAAUUUGUACCUUUCGAGUUCCACACCCAAUGUCUGGACCUGGCCAAACAACUCCCUGGCCUCAUUAGGACGUUUGCUGAGCAGUACUUGAACCCACAACUUGUCUGCACGAAAGUUUGCUCUGCGAUAGACCUCACUGCAAAGGUUGGAUCUGUGGCCGAGGGUAAUUUUCUUUGCCCCUAUUGUGAAAUGGCCGUCGAGGAACUGAAGCAGUACGCGACAAGCAAUGCAACAUUGGCCGAGGUGGAGGAACUUGUAGAGUUUUAUUGCGACUUUGCUCCUUCCGCGUUCCACUCCCAAUGCCUGGGCCUGGCCAAACAACUCCCUGGCCUUAUUAAGGCGUUUGCUGAGCAGUACUUGAACCCCAAACUUGCCUGCAUGGAAGUUUGCCCUGCGGGAGAAUUGACUGCAAAGGUUGGAUCUGUGGCCGAGGGUAAUUUUCUUUGCCCCUACUGUGAAAAGGCCGUCGAGGAGUUGAAGCAGUACGCGACAAGCGAUGCAACAUUGGCCGAGGUAGAGCAACUUGUAGAGUUUUAUUGCAGCUUUGCACCUUCCGCGUUCCACUCCCAAUGCCUGGACCUGGCCAAACAACUCCCUGGCCUAAUUAAGGCGUUUGCUGAGCAGUACUUGAACCCCGAACUUGCCUGCAUGGGAGUUUGCCCUGCAGGAGAAUUCACUGCAAAUGCUGUUGUAGACAAGAAUGUGAUAGUCAGUCUUGCUCCACUGUUUGGAAAAAUGGCGGGAAACUUGAAGGGUGACUUUGCGUGCGUCGUCUGUGAAAAUAGCGUCGGUUUGUUGAGAAACAUCACCCUCAACCAAGAGGUUAUGGCCUCCGUAGAGAAAUUUUGGGAGGGUCUUUGUGUUUUCACACCCUACAUGUAUUACCAGAACUGCCUGGAUUUCGUCAAGACAGUGCCAGGUAUGAUCCAGCUCUUCGCACAAGAGUACCUGAACCCGGUCAAGGAUUGUGCGCGUGUCUGCCCUGCUAGAGAAUCGCUUUUCCAGAAUGACCGUCACACCAAUCUCUUCAAGAUGUUCCAAUCCAUGAAGGCCAGGAAGUAGAAGAACACCAAGGAGGGGCAAGAGACUUAUUAUUAUUUUAAGUCUGUCAAAAUCUGGUUUGAAAAUGUAAUGCUUUUAUACAUAACUACUAAUGGUACUUAAUUUCUCAUAAUAGCAAAAUCAAACAUAAUCAUAACGUUGGGAAGGUAGUGCAUUCGUCUCAACAAGCCUCCCGAUGGAUGACACCCAAACCUACAUCCAUAUGGACUGUAAAGGGGGUAACCCUGUUGACCGCUUCAUUUUUGUCGAUAAUGUUUCGUUAAUUACUUGACAUUGUGAUGACUUUAGUUUUUGUAAACCACGUAGACAGUAUUAUGGUAUGACAAUAUACCAAUGGUAAUCCGGUAAGCUUCCUUUUGUCUGCUUUUACUUUCAUUAGCUUACUACACUUACUUUCGAGAAUAAAAGCGAUUUGCA